UCUAGAGUUUAUGAACAUUCUAUUAUUGUUGGAAGAGAGAAGAAGACGAGAUAAUUUUGUGAUCAUAUGCUAAAUGCAGAAGAAAUGGAUCAGAGAUUGAUCGAUGUGGCUGAGGCUGGAGAUAUAGAAGGUUUGUAUACACUUCUCAAGGAAGAUCGAACUAUUCUCGAAAAGGUCGACGAGAUCGGAUUCAUAAACACCCCAUUACACAUAGCUGUGAUAAAAGGGCAGACUCGUUUUGCUGCAGAGAUCGCAAAUCUGAAGCCUACAUUUGCUAGAAAGUUGAACGAAGAUGGAUUUAGUCCCUUACACAUAGCUGCAGCAAUUGGAAAGGUAGAGAUAGUUAAAGAGCUGUUGGAGAUGGAUAAGAACCUUUGCCUUAUUAAGGGUAGAGAGAAGAUGAUUCCUCUUCACUGUGCAGCGGCCAUAUCUGGGAAUGAAGUUAUUUUCGAAGAAUUACUCUCUGCUCGGCCAAGAUCCAUCAAGGAAUUGACGGUUGGGAAGGAAACAGCUCUUCACUUGGCUGUGAAGAAUGACAGGUACUAUGCCUUGAAAGAGUUGUUAAAAUGGGUCGAUGAUUUGCCAAUUCAAAGGAUAAUGCUUAAAUGGGUAGAUGAUGGAGGCAACACAAUCUUGCAUUAUGCAGCAUCAAGAAGACAACUUGAGAUGAUAAAGCUGCUAUGUCGUCAUGGUACAACCAACAAUGCAAUAUUGGCAGUGCCCAUAAACGCGAUUAAUGCAGAUGGGUUUACAGCUUUGGAUAUCUUACAAAAGAGUACAACUGAUUUACCAGAUGAAGAGGAAAUGCAAAUGCUACAUAUCCUUCGCAGCUCCGGGGCCAAGAUAGGUCCACAAGUUACAAUAUUUCUUCCACCACCAGAGGUAGCCUUUAAGAGGUUUCGAAAUCUUAGAAUAACAAGAAGAAUAAAAAGUAAGUUUGAAUUUCUUUUCCCAGUGGUGCACAGAGAUGUUACAAAUGAUGUGAGGAAUGCACUAUUAGUGGUGGUGGUUCUUAUUGUAACAGCAACCUAUCAACUUGGAAUCAACCCUCCUGGAGGUCUGUGGCAAGAUAACUAUGAUCCAAGCAGUAGUAAUGACACAAACAAUAAUUCAUCCCGUGUUAGUAGAUUAGAACAACUAGCCCAUGAAGCAGGAACGCCAGUUAUGGCUACUCAGAAUCCAGGAUCUUUCCUAACAAUAAUGCUUCUAAACUAUUCUGCACUAUGUAUAUCAGUGGUUUUAACUUUUAGCCUCACAGAAGGAUACCCGUUGCGUGCUGCGGUGUUAGUUUCCCUUUGUUUAAUACUUGCAACCUACGGUGUUACAAUCUCUUGGUAUUCAAGUUCUCUAUACACAGUUCUUUUCCCGGCGCUUUUUCUUACAUUGGGUGCCAUGGGAAUCAUGUAUUUACGCAGUAGAGCUCUAGCAUUAUUAAAGUGGGAUCAGACUUAAC